AAACACAAUCCCAAUGUUUCUACAUCCGUCGUCACACAUGCGCCGACGGUGAGAAAUGCCAGCAGGAAUUUACAAGGCUCUCUUUUUUGUCUUUGAGUGACUCAGGGCAGAUAUGAUAUGAAAAUGCUCUACACAUCUUUGACACAGCUUCAUUUCCAAGACAACCAGAGAAUAAAGCAUGAUAUUUGUAACCUGGAGUUCUCCAUCCCUUUUCAAUCAAUUUUAAAACAUCUAGACAAAAAAGCCACAACCUCAGACAAACUAGCUUGUGUCUAUAUAUAUGGUGAGCCAGGUUGUGGACGUUCAUCAGUCUUGCUGGAUAUCUGUGAAAAAUCUAUUCAACGCAAAUUGUUAGCAUCAAAGGUGUGUGGUUUAAGAGUCAGAAAAGGAUGUACUCUAGAGUCCCUCUGGAAUUUGCUGAGUGAAAUCGCAAAGGAAAGAAAGGACCGAGAGACAGCAUCUACACUAACAAACUCAAAAGUCAAGUUGAGCAAAAAAUACAAAGUUGCCCAAGCUUUCAUUUCAGCAAACUUCCAGUUGAUUUGUGUGGAUGAUGCAAGUGCUGAUGGUGGGAUUGUUUGGUCUCAUCUUUCAAAGCUGUUGAACAAAACUAAUAUUGGUGUUGCUCUUGUUUCCAGUGAGCAAGAAUGCAACUUUCCUUUCAAAGAAGAAAUAAAGGAUUGGCAAUUACUCUCUGUGAAGGUCAAAGGUCUUAAUGUGCAGUCAUUUACACUGAAUGUCAGAGAGUUGUAUUCUUCUCUGAAGUUAAAUGAAGAAAUGAUCUCUAAGAUACAUUGCAUAUUGAAUGGCAAUCCUAGAGCAGUCGAUAUUUUGAUUAAUGUUUUCAGGGAAUAUAACCUUCCAGAUAAAAGUUUGCAUUGUGUUUUUUUGUCCUUGGAAAAUGACGGCAUGGUGCACGAAAUUGGAAAAGAUGAUCUCAAUCCCAUUUUAUUGGUCCUUCAGUUUGUAUUUGAACACCUAACUGCUUUUGAAAAAAGAGUUUACAGCCAGCUCUGCCACCUGCGAGAACCUCUUCCAGUUAUUCAUCUUUCAAAGGAAGCAGAGAAGCUUAUAAGGCUUGGGUUGGUAACUAAUCAAGCCAGUAGCCUAUGUAGCAGCAAACAAGCGAUUAAUUUAGCAUCCAUAUCAGUGGCUCAAUGCUUUCAGCUGAGUGCAGCACAACUUCUUGAUUUCUCAGCUGAAGAUGAAGCACCAAGCACCUUUGAAUUGUGGUAUGCUCUCUUGUCAAGUAAACUUCAGACACUCAUUGCUGAUGCAGAGAGGAAUGCAUGGCCUUUUGUCCCUGAGAAAUGGCAAUACUCUUCCAGUGUUGGACCAGAAGAGAGGUACAAUAUUAAGGAUCUACUUACAGCUAAGAAUUCUACUGCUCCGCUCUUAAAUGAACUUGACAUUAUGGAGGAGUGCUUGUUUCAUGCAAUGAAAGAGAAGAGGUACCGAACUGUGGGAGCAUUAGUGUUUGUUAUGGACAGAUUCACUUAUUGGCAAGGAAUGUCUAAUAGGACUCUACAACUUGUUGAAUAUUUGAAGACCAAUAGUCCUGACAUACCCAUUGCACCUCAGUUACUGAUAAGAAAUGUGAGAAUUAUGAAAAACGCAGGAAACCUACAAGGUGCAGAGAAAGCUCUUGACGAUCUCCUAGAUCAGAAGGCACAAAUCGGUAAAUGGAUUUACCAGACGGAACAUGAUCGUCAACUUGUGAGUGCAGUGUGCUUUCAAAUCAAAGGUGAUAUUCAGUACAACCUGGGGCAAUGGACGAGAGGGGCAAAGCAUUUGAUGGAUUCCGUGGUUUUGUUCAGCUCACUUCCAAUUCCAGAUACAAAAGGAAUCUCCUCCAGCCUUGCUAUUCUCGGUAACUGCCUUCAGCGAAUGAGUGUAACUGAGUAUCUUCCUGUUUGUCACAUGUAUGGUCUCACAGCCUCCCAUCCAUUGCUUCAAGCCUAUUACUGCUCUUGCGAAGCUGCUAGAAGAUCACAAUACACGCCACUGUUUUAUGCCAGACAUAAGUGUCAGGCCGGGGAACGUUUGUUGCAUUACUCAAAAGUGAUUCCAUGUGGAGCUACAAGGAAAAACUGUCUGAUUGUUUCCAUUCAAGAUUUCAAAGACAGCAUUCAAGCUCACAAAGACCUGCAGUCGUUGAAAAGCCGAGAGGAGUUCUUUGUCUUUGUUUGUGCAGUUUAUAAGCUUGGCCUUGCAUACGAAGAGUUGUCAUCAGAAACUGGUUGCACUGAACAAGGGAAAGAAAUAUUACGAAUGUCGAUGUCAAUGUAUGAACACUACUGCCACUUCAGCGGUAUGAUCAUUUUGGAUGACGGUAUCGCCACGCUAAUUGCUCACUGUCUGGAUUUUUUAGGGUUGCCUCAGUGGUGUGUAGAUCCUCAAGAUGACAGCAAAAAAGCCCUCUCCCUAACUGUUGACGAAAACCAGUGUGGAGACUCGGGUAAGUCAGUUUUUGUGCAUUCAAGGGUACUGAAUGACUGCUCGAUAGGUUCCGUGGAAAGAAGUAUCCGAACCGAUGAUCUCGAAACUCUUUUGGAGGUGCGCCGCGGAGGACUUGUGGUCACGGAUAGCUUGACGGCGAAAAAUUCCAACAGCGCUCUUGCUAACCCAGGAGCAAGGCCACCAGUGACAAACUGCAUUGAUUCAACAGUUGAUAGGAGUUGUAAAACAAGGGAAAGCAGUUCAACUAGAGAUUCCCCAGAACCAGCCACUGAUUUAUCAGGUUACAGCUUUGAAGUGACUUUCGACACUGUAGAUCCCUGUGUUAUAAUUCAACACCUGGAACAGGAGACGGUGGCAAUCAGCAAUGAUAAGUUUCUAACUCAAACCAUAAACAAUCCAAGGCAUAAAGUUCAAGCUGCUAUUGUUUGGAGAUAUGACUACCAUCGGAGUGAAUGGAAAGGGGAAAAGACGUUGGCAUAUGUUGGAGAUUUACUCGAGUUGGAGGAAGGCAAAGAGGGAGCACAGAGAAAUGCGUAUAUGGUUGAAUUUGUUGAUCAAGAAGAUCCUUUGGCAGGGUAUGUGGCGAAGUGUUAUAAGAAGCCCAGAGAUAUCAAACAGUAUCAACAGGAUAUUAUUUGUCAGAUGACAGCUCGUCAUUACGUCACACUGUUCAACCAACAGCUAUAUCUUGCAGCUUUGAAUGUGGGCGAUAUUCAGUUCCUUCCUGUAGUGUUACUUCAACUUGUUGACGUGUAUGGCUCCGUCAGUGGUGCCGUAUAUAACGUGGAACCCUACAUGGCAGGGGAAUUCGUCAAACUCACCAACAACUUUGGCUUUGUAAGAAGAGAAGACGACAUGUCCGACGUAGUGUUGGCAUUCAGUCACUUCACAUACGAAGAAUCAAACCAGCAAAUGGUGAUCGUCGACAUUCAAGGUUGGACUCCAGAUACUACUGACAAAGCAAAGUGCACAUUUCUCACCGACCCUCAGAUUCACUCGGUGCGAUACCAGUGUUUUGGAACAGGGAAUUUAAGUCAGCGUGGCAUUGACAGUUUUUGGAAGGAGAUGCAUCCGCAUUGUAACGACAUUUGUAUCAAGUUAGGACUAUCCAGGCCGAAUAUCACAUCAAAAUGAAAAAUGAUAGAAGUGAUGUGAACUGUGAGCUGUUUAAAAGUCUGUAUUUGUCAUCAUCAUCUUCAAAAAAGUAACCUUCCCGUCAAUCCACUAUUACGCCAUUUUACUAUGGCGAUGAAACGCGAAAAAAAAUGCAUUAUUUAUAAGCUGUAGAAGAGGCAAAAGUACGGAAAAAAGGCCCAUUGCUCGCAAUGCUUAACCAUCGAAGAUGUGUGUGAUUAAGUUCUCGUUAUGGACUUAUUUCUUUAAUUACUCGUGAAAGGUUUUGCUUUUUCUCCUUGUCUUAACAUUUUACGCUAAACCCUUCACUUGAUCGUAAUGGAGACAGCUUCAUUCUAAUGCUUUUUGGUUUAUUCAACUUAAUAGAAGUAGUAUAGAAAUGCUUAUCCAAAACAAGUAAGACCUAUUCGCGCCAAUUUCCUGAGCAAAUGGCCGUUGACCGCACUCGAAUAGGGAAGAAUUAGGUUACUCAGUGAUAUUACAAUAGAUCGUAAUUUCACACGUUAUCACGUCAAGAUUCGAUUUAGCGCCCGGGCCGCUUAUUUACUUUGGUACCUCAAGGUAGGGCGCUUAUUCGAAACAGGGCGCUUAUUCGAAACAGGGCGCUUAUUCGAAACAGGGCGCCACACUCUUAUUUCUUUUUUAGAAAUGGCAGAAUGUGCGAAAAGAAGCUUUGAUCUUUACUUACUAAAGGAACAAUACCAGAAACUUUAAAAUUCACAAAUGUACAGCGAUUAUUGGCAAAAAUAAUGGUAGGGAAUGUACUCUUGAAACAGAAUAGGGGCGCUCACUGAAGUGAGGGUCCUUAUGCAACAGGGGCGCAUUUUAAAACAGGGGCGCUUAUUGACAAAAUCAAAUUCGAGGAGGGCGCUUACUAGAGAGGAGGCGCCUAAUGAAACGAGGGCACUAAAUCGAAUCCUCAUGGUGGUCCAGUUAAAAAUACUGAAAACGAGUGAUUGUUUAGUUGUAAGACUUAGUCAAAGUACUGUUAUUCAGUUACUGUAAAGUGGGAUCGUAUGAUCUCAAGUAAAAUUGCGGAAAACUAAUAACUCCUAAAGUUAUCUUAAACUGUAGACGUGGCGGGAAAUCUUAUUUGCAUUUCUAAACCGAACUUCGAGUAUUUUCUUCAGUUGUACCUUGCAAUAAGACAAUUAAGACACGUGAUCACAUACUUUACAAGUUAUUUUUAGUUAUUCGAACGCUUGGGUAACAUUUAGUAUUCGCUUAGCUUAUGAAAUGAUCUCAGAACUGUUUGUAUAAAAAUAGUGCCUUGAAACUGUUAUUUCGAUUUACAUGGGAUUUACGUUGAAGACGCAAUAAACGCAAGUGAAAGUGGA